AUGCUGCUGUGGUCACUGCUGCUGGCCCUGGCUCCUGUCAGAGUCCAGUCCGACUGGUUGAGCAUCAGCGUGCCACGCCAUGCCUAUGAAGGAGACCAUGUAUCCAUAAGCUGCACGGGGGAAAAGAAUUAUGACAUAAAGAGGCUAAAGUACUUCAAGGAUGGAUCUCACAUAGCUACUUAUAGCAGUGCUUUGAGCUAUACCAUUGGGAAUGCAAGAUUCAGUGACAGUGGCUACUAUUCCUGUAAGGCAGAUAGGAAACUUUUCCUAUUUAUAGACACAACAGAAAAAUCAAGAGAUGCACGACUUAGUGUCCAAGAGCUUUUUCCAGCCCCUGGGAUGACAGCCAGCUCACUGCAGCCCAUAGAGGGGAGUUCAGUGACCCUGUCCUGCAACACCUGGCUCCCUUUAGAUAGGGCAACGACCCAGUUACAGUAUUCCUUCUUCAAAGAUGGCAACACUUUGCAGUCAGGUUGGAGCUCAGCAAAGUUUACGAUAUCGGCAAUACGGAAAGAAGACUCUGGAAAUUACUGGUGUGAGGCGAUGACAGCAUCUCGCAGUGUCUUGAAGCGGAGUUACCGGUCCUAUAUAGAUGUGGAGAGGAUCCCUGUGUCUCAAGUCUCCAUGGAGAUCCAGUCUCCAGGGGGCUGGGGAGUUGAGGGGCAGACGCUGCUCCUUGUCUGUUCUGUGGCUAACGGCACUGGGCUCAUCACGUACUCCUGGCACAGAGAGGACACAGAGGAAAGUGUGGGGAAGAAAAGCCAGCGUUCCCAGAGAGCCGAGCUGGAGAUCGCUCCUGUCAGCGAAAGUCACGCCGGGGGUUACUACUGCACUGCUGACAACAGCUACGGCCUUGUCCAGAGUGAGGUAGUGAAUGUCACAGUGAAAGUUCCAGUGCUGAGCCCUCUCCUCUCCAUCAGUGUUCCUGGGGUGCUGCCCUUCAUUGGGGAUGUGGCAGAGCUUCAGUGUGAAGACAAGAGAGCUUCUCCUCCCAUUCUGUACUGGUUUUAUCAUGAAAAUAUCACUCUGGGCAACACCUCAGCACCAUCUGGAGGAAAAGCAUCCUUUAAGCUCACUCUGACUGCAGGGCAUUCUGGGAACUACUCCUGUGAGGCUGACAAUGGCUGGGGGAUGAAGCGCAGUCAAGUGGUACCACUCAACGUCACAGAACCCCCACCCAAAGUGCGUCUGGUGAAUGGUCCCCAUGCCUGUGAAGGACGUGUAGAGGUGGAACAGGAAGGCCGCUGGGGCACUGUAUGCGAUGAUGGUUGGGACAUGAAGGAUGUGGCUGUUGUGUGCCGAGAGCUGGGCUGCGGAGCGGCCGUCCACACACCUAUAGCCAUGUUGUAUCCACCAGCAGUUGAUGAAGCUUUGCCGGUGCUCAUUCAGGUAGCCCUGUGCAACGGGACAGAAAAGAGCCUGGCUGAAUGUGACCAGGUGGAGACCUUUGAUUGUGGACAUGAUGAAGAUGCUGGAGCUGUGUGUGAAGGUGGGUGA